AUGUCUGAAGAAAGACAACCAUUGCUGGGUGUGAAAGAUGAGAGCAAGCUGUCGUUUAACAAAGUGGGACUGAGCUCGAGCCAUUUCUGGCUAUUACCACCAACAUGGCGUCUUGGUUGGGCACUUCUUACGAUAUUCACACCGUCAAUGGAGUUUUUGAUAGCCGCGAGGGCUCUAGCUGGAAUGGGAGGAGGGGGUUUGUCGACUGGUGAGUUCCGAGACAAAGGUAGAGCUGAUUUGCAGUUGGGAGCACUAUUAUGA